AAUCUAGUGGACGGAACGCUUCUUUCAACAGCAGCAACAGUUAGUCAGACACCUCCGUAGCUUGAUAGACAAAAUAGACGAACCAAUAAAGCUCGUUAGACGCUUUAGUGUAUAUUAGACACAGUUUUUUUAAACACACUUCUGUCGUCUAGUUAGUUAUCCGCUUUAAUGUCAUAUUUGCGGUGUUGUUGUUAUUAUUCAACUAGCGGGCUGGUUCAGUUAACAUUAGCCUAGCUAGCUAACAUCUCCGACCAUGAGUUCACUAAGCUACUCUCCUCCUGCUAAAGAAGAGGAGGUCUGCUGGACGGAGGAAGAGGGUCUCGUCAAAGAGGAGGAGGAAGAAGAAGCUGUUACAGUAAAACGAGAAGUAGAGAGUGAAGCUGUUAUAGUGAAAGAAGAGAAAGACGUUUCAGUGAAAGAAGAAGAAGACGCGUUCAGAGUGAAAGAGGAGGAGGAUGCCAUUUUUGGAGUAAAAGAGGAGGGGGAGAUGACUGUUACAUCGAAAAGGGAGGAGGAGGAAACUGGAUAUCUGGGCCCCGUUUCCCAAAGCUCCCUUAAGGCAUCUAGGCAUGGUUCUAAAGAUGAAGUUAGCCGUGAAAUGCAUUUGGGAAACCGGGGCCUGAUAAACACUAGAGAAGGAUGUGACUAUCGUGGAUCCUCUGGGGAGCCUCAACAACAGCAUGAUGCUGAAGAGACAGAGAAGAGUCUCUCCACAUCAGAACACCUCAAUAAACACCCGCAGAGACCCACAGGGAAGAAACCUCACCGCUGCUCUGACUGUGGGAAGAGAUUCCCCUCUUCAGCUGGCCUUAAAAGACAUCUGAGAAUCCACACGGGAGAGAAACCUAAUAGCUGUGAUCAAUGUGGGAAGAGUUUUAGUGUUACAAGCAGCCUGAAAGCACACCAGAGAACACACACAGGAGAGAAACCUUACAGCUGUUAUCAGUGUGGGAAAAGUUUUACUUCAUCUAGCCACCUGACCAUACACCAGAGAACACACACAGGAGAGAAGCCUUAUAGCUGUGAUCAAUGUGGGAAGAGUUUUACUACAUCUAGCUGUCUGACUAUACACCAGAGAACACACACAGGAGAGAAACCUUAUCACUGCUCUCACUGUGGAAAGAGUUUUGUUAUCUCAGGAAAUUUAACAUCACACCAGAGAACACACACAGGAGAGAAGCCUUAUAGCUGUAAUCAAUGUGGGAAGAAUUUUUCUCACUCAGGCAACCUGAUAGCACACCUGAGAAUACACACUGGAGAUAAACCUCAUUGCUGCUCUGACUGUGGGCAGAGAUUCAUCUUUUUAGCAGAUCUUAAAAUACAUCAGAGAAUCCAUACAGGAGAAAAACCUUACCACUGCUCUGACUGUGGAAAGAGUUUUGUUUCAUCAAAACAUUUAAAAUCACACCAGAAAACACACACAGGAGAGAAGCCUUAUAGCUGUGAUCAAUGUGGGAAGAGUUUUAGUGUUACAAGCAGCCUGAAAACACAUCAGAGGGGACACACAGGAGAGAAACCUUAUAGCUGUGAUCAAUGUGGGAAGAGAUUUGUUACAUCUAGCAGUCUGACUAUGCACCAGAGAAUACACACUGGAGAGAAACCUCAUAGCUGUAGUCAAUGUGACAUGAGAUACUCUGAUAAAAGAUCUCUGAUUAAACACCAGAAAAUACAU